AUGGCAAGGUACGACUACGCUCCUAAGUAUGGUCUGGAGAACUACACCCUGGUCUUACCUUUGGAGGACACUUUUGAUCCUGUCAGGUCCACGACAUGGAUGCAGGAAAGUUGGCUGCAUUCCGUCUCAUUCUCGGUCGGCUACGUAGCGCUUAUCUAUGCCGGACAAAAGUUCAUGGAAGGACGUAAGCCCUUCGGUCUGGAGAAGCCGCUUUUUGCAUGGAACCUCGGCUUAGCGAUAUUCUCCCUGGUUGGAUUCCUUCGGAUGACACCGGAAUGGUUUUGGAGUUGGAACGACAAUUCGUUUGUGUACUCCGUAUGUACUGCAUCGUAUGCUCAAGGUGUAACGGGAUUUUGGACCGAGCAGUUCGCUAUGAGUAAGGUGGCCGAAUUACUGGAUACCGCUUUUAUUGUUUUACGCAAGCGUCCACUGCUCUUCCUUCAUUGGUACCAUCACGUUACUGUCCUAAUCUUCACAUGGCAUGCCUACAAAGACCACACUGCUUCUGGUACCAAUUCGUUUGUGUACUCCGUCUGUACUGCAUCGUAUGCUCAAGGUGUAACGGGAUUUUGGACCGAGCAGUUCGCUAUGAGUAAGGUGGCCGAAUUACUGGAUACUGCUUUCAUUGUUUUACGUAAGCGUCCACUGCUCUUCCUUCAUUGGUACCAUCACGUUACUGUCCUAAUCUUCACAUGGCAUGCCUACAAAGACCACACUGCUUCUGGUCGCUGGUUUAUAUGGAUGAAUUACGGUGUUCAUGCACUCAUGUAUACGUACUAUGCGCUUCGCGCUCUCCGGGUUCGCCUUCCUAAACACGUUGCCAUGGUGGUUACGGUGCUUCAGAUCUCGCAAAUGGUGAUGGGUAUCUUCAUUGGAAUAGUUGUUUAUAGGAGAAAGUCAUCCGGUGAAUCGUGCCAACAGACAUGGGAGAAUCUAGGAUUGUGUUUCAUGAUUUAUUUCACGUACUUCUUGUUGUUCUGCAACUUCUUCUACCAUGCAUAUUUGAAGAAAAACAAUCGAUAUGUAGCCGAUAAGAAGACCCCAUCGAAGGCCGAGUUGGAGCCACUGUCAAAGGAACCAAAAGAGGACAUAAAUGCUAACAUCAGUGAACCUAUGGUUUUGACCAGGAACGCAGCAAGAAGAAGGGCUCAAAAGGUCGACUAA